UUUCUCUCGCCGGUGGCGGAUUGCGACUGAGACCAACUUGUUUAGCUUUUGCUUAAAGUCCAAAAUAAUGAAAAUAUCACCUUAAGCAAAGGGAGAGAGAGAGAGAGAGAGAGAGAGAGAGAGAGGACAAGAAAGGAUUGCCCAGGCCUAAGCCCUCUUUGCUCUUGAUUAUUUGAUUGUAACCGCUCUAUCCACGAUCCCUCCCAGUUUGAGGCCACACAGCGUCUGUUCAACGGACUUGGCCCUUGCGUUUUAACCCACGGGAGCACGAACUUCUUUUGAUUCUUUCAAGUUUUUUAUUUGAUUUAAACCUCGACGUUCCUGGUUUUUUCAUGGUCAUUUGGUUCAGAAGAACAGUAAAGCAGUAAUUUUUUUGCUAUUUAUGGGACCCCAGUGGCUGAUAAUGGUGUCUGUUGUGACUGCAAGUCGGAAUUAGAGUUGACUCUGUGAUAGGUUUGUGGUGAUUGUAGGGAGAUCUGAGCGAGGAAUAAGGGGGAGAGAUAUGGAACCUCCGAAGGGGGUUUUGGCUACUGUGUGGAACUUUAUUUGCUUUCUUCCUUUCUUCAGCGGGCUUCUGCUCCUGGGCACCGUUAAAGGUAUCAUUUUCUGCCCGUUGGUAUGCCUUAUCAUGACAAUUGGAAAUUCUGCCAUCGUAUUGGGUCUUUGGCCGGCACAUAGUGCUUGGACAUAUUACUGCAUCGCGAGAACUAAACGAUUAGGACCAGUUUUGAAGCUAGUUCUCUGCAUAUUCGUUCUGCCUACGCUUUUGAUUUUGUGGCUAGUGGUUGGUAUUAUUGGAAGUAUCAUAGGCGGAGCAGCAUUUGGCUUUCUUUCACCAAUAUUUGCUACUUUUGAUGCUGUUGGAGAAGGAAAGACUAAUAAAUUAUUCCGCUGUUUUUAUGAUGGGACUUGGGGAACUAUUGAAAGGAGUUUCACCAUUGUCAGGGAUUUUAAAGAUGUUUGUUUCCAUUCCUACUUCUCAUAUAUGGAUGACCUGCGACAAAAAGGGCCCCCAGAUGUGACCUAUUAUGAGAUUAGAUUGCUUUAUCUUCCUGCUGCAAUUAUAGCUGGAGUUCUUGGUUUCAUCAUUGAUUUUCCCUUAAUCUCAUUCAUUGCUCUAUGCAAAGGCCCUUUCAUGCUCGUUAAGGGAUGGCACCGUUUGUUUCAUGACCUUAUAGGUCGCGAAGGUCCUUUCUUGGAGACAAUAUGUGUGCCUUUUGCCGGUCUUGCCAUCCUACUCUGGCCAUUGGCUGUUGUUGGGGCAGUUUUAGCCUCCAUGGUAGCCAGUAUCUUUCUUGGUUCUUAUGCUGGGGUGGUUGUUUAUAAGGAGUCCUCCUUAUGGUUUGGGCUUUGCUACAUUGUUGCAUCGUUGUCCAUAUAUGAUGAAUACAGCAACGAUGUUCUUGACAUGCCAGAAGGAUCCAUCUUUCCUAGGCCACAUUACCGAAGGAAGCAUGACCUGUCACGGAACACCUCUCGCAUGUCUUCUUUAUCAAAGCCCAGCUCUUUCCGUAAUCCUCCCUCCCGCACAGGUUCACUCAAGCAUCCUAUGGUUGACUUGAAGCCACUUGAGCUACUUGAUGGCUUAUUCAAGGAGUGUCAACGCCAUGGGGAGAGAAUGGUUUCUGAAGGACUAAUAACACUUCAAGACAUUGAAGAUGCCAAGUAUAAUAACAGUAGCAAAGUUAUUAGCAUUGGAUUACCAGCUUAUUGCCUUCUUCAGGUGCUUCUGCGCUCUGCAGAAGCCAAUUCCAUGGGUUUACUGUUAGCCGACAAUGUUACUGAGAUCACUAGCACAAACAGACCAAAAGAUACCUUCUUUGAUUGGUUUCUUCAUCCACUUCUGAUCCUUAAAGACCAGAUUAAAGCUGAGAACCUUUCUAAGGCAGAAGAGGACUAUUUCUCCAAAUUAGUCUUGCUGAUUGGUGAUCCUGGGAGGCUGACGAACUCGAAUAUUGGCUCGCCACCUGAACCCGAGCGUAAACGAGCUGAACUUGAUGCACUAGCUCGAAGGCUGCAAGGGAUCACCAAAUCUAUCUCAAGGUAUCCAACUUUUAGGCGUCGCUUUGAAUUUUUUAUCAAAACCAUAUCCGACGAUCUUGCCAAGAAGAAUGGUGAAAGCAGAUCAAACAAUGGGCCUAAACCAAUUGCAAGAUCGAAGAGCACCUUUGCACGAAUGUUUAGCCAGAGAUCUUUUAAUAACAAGACAAGCAAUCACGGUUCUGAUCAAGAGUCACGACAAGUUGUAAGAGAUGUGGAAAUUUUGUGACAAAACAAGUUUAAUUGAAUUUUAGUCCUGGAAUGUAAGGGCCGAUUCUUAGUUCGGCUGGCUCAUGUGGAAAAGACCUUUAGUGUUGGUGGUAUGCUUCCUUCAGAUCUAAGGUUCGAAUUGGUGCAAACAAUUUCUAGAGGAUAUGGAGGACUUUUUCUUUGAAUUAUCCCGUGCGGGAAAUUCCUUUUCGAGAGUCUGUACAUUUUCUAGAUUAGUCAGGACUUAAUGGUGUAUAAGAUAAUUAUUUUUUUAUUGACA